AUGUCAAGGCGGGCGACGGCGGUGCCGACGCCGUCGUUCGAGAAGACACUCCCAUGGGAGCAUGCCGUGGGAGCGACCCCCCUUGAUCGUACCGUCAAGGUCGGGAAAGAUCGGCAGCUCUUCUUUGAACGACACAACGAAAGGCCCAGCGCGAUACACGUCGAUCACAUCCAAGACGUCGGGCAUGCAGCCUUGCACUUGGCCCACCGAGUUGAUUCGGUCAAGGCGGUCAACAAAACGCCGUCUUCCAUCAUCAUAAUCCCGGACAACGACUCCGACAGCGCGUCGGAUGAAGAAUUCGAGUCCAAGAUGCAUCAAGACGACCUUGAUCGCAUUCUGAUGGCCGAAGAAUGGGACACGCGCUUUUGGAAUCGCAUCAAGAUUCAUGAAGCUAUCAACACACUAUACGCUGAAAUCGAGAAGAGCCCUGACGUCGCGCGCCGCCGCCUCGCGCAUAAAAUGCUGCUUCAUCUCAACACCCUCCACAAAGAGGCGUACAUGACCAAUGAGAACAACUUGUGCACUCUCUCGAACAAAGCGUUCCGGAAACUCACCGUCCAAACCAAGAACGACGCUAUCUACAACAUCGCAGAGCUCUUGGCCGUUUUUGCAGGACCGUUUGCUGCAGCACUCGCGCACGAGAACGCCGUCCUGCGGUCCUUGACUGUGCUCCUUCGGCAAAUGGACUGCGCUGCGCGAGUCCUCCAGCACUUUCGACGACGACGGCAGUUUGAGCGGCAGCUCCGGACUCAAGACAUCUCUGUGGAGGCGAGGAUGCGAAUGCGCGCGAUCAACGCGGCCAAGUGCAUCGAACUCAGUCGACAGCAACGAUGCAUCCAUGACGCACUGGGCCACGCACCGAUGCCAGAGCGAGCUGUCGUGGCCUACAUGACCAUCAUCACGACCCUUGUCCAGGAUGAGUUGCGCAUGGCCCACGGGUUUUCUCGUCACGACCGCGCCAAGAUCAUUCCGGCCGGCGGCUUGGUCUGGUUGAAUCAGUGCGUCAAGCAGCACCACAGCCCAACCCUCGUUUCGCUGACGACGCAGCUCCUCACGGUGCUGGCCCACGACACGGACCGAAUAGCCGACAUCUUGCGGAGCAACGUGGUCGUUCAUGUAGCGACAAACUUAAUCCAUGCCACCAACGACUCUGACAAGGCGAUGGCGAUCGCGUUUUUGGAUCGCGUCGCCUACACAGUGUGCCAAGUCGUCGAACAGCAGCGCACGGGCGACUCCAGCGAUGCGUCCGAUGUUUCUGGUCCCGUCAUGUCGACAAAGAGCUUCCACAGUCUCACGAGGAGUCUCUCGACCAAGAGCACACGCAGCAAUGCGAACGGAUCUCCUUCCCGCAGACGAAACACCGCCGCCGACGACGACGAGAGAGAUGCUGCAUACCGGAAUCGCCACUUGUCUGCCAUUGUACUCGAGCAGUUUACAACGCCAGCCAUUCUUGGCAUGCUGCUGCAAGCGCUAGACGCUACCGUGUCGUCGUCUUCUUGGGCGCUCACCACCUCUCUCCUGCAGGUGCUGCACAAAAUCGCGUAUGAUGUCGGGUACGUCUUGCUGCUGGACCUGGUGACUCGAAAUGCAGGCCGACACGUGGCAACGAUUGUGAAGUGCCUUGACGACGCGGGGGGAACGACCGAGGUCGUGUUGGCAGCCCUUCAAGUGCUUAUGGUGCUGGCGGCGCGAGAAGAAGGACGCGAUAUGCUUACACUGGUUGGCCUUGUGCAAAUGGUGCACCCGCUGUGUGCGCCAGGGUUUCGCGCUCCGAACAACAGCUACCGCUUCGUCGUCGGACUACUUCCGAUAGUGCUCUGCGCCAACCCAGUCAACUCGUUGCUGGCGUUUGGAAUAUCGACCCCACGGAACGCCAAGACGGGUGCAUUUGUCCCGAUGACGUUGCUCGUGACGCCCCAAGCGUUGCUCGAUCACGUCCACGCGUGCUUGCUGCAUUGCUGUACAACGGACACCUCUGGCCACAGCGCACAGUACUUUUUGAAAACCAACGCAUUGACUCUUGUGCUCGAUCUGCUCGUCCAGCCGGCAGGUGCAACCGUCCAAACGCGCUCUCAGCGCCACAUCAGCGCGAUUGUGCUGUCCAACUUUUGUCGUGUCGCCAAAGUCGCGUCGAUGCUCGCAUUUCGCCAAGACAUAGCGACACACUUGGCUGUGGUGGUCCAGUCGAACCGGAUGGAAGAGAGCGAAGCUGGCGGCUGCGAAAAGUUUGGUCCAGUAGGUCACCAGCGGCACCUCCAGAGUACUGCCGAAGCUUGCCGCGCGUUUCUACGGAUGCUGCGAUGCCAGCGCCAGACCUUACAGCCGCGCAGUAUUGUGCUGGCAACGCAAGUCUUCUUUCUUCGGACGCUAUUGAAGCUGCAUGCGCUGGAAGACAUCGUGGAGAGUUGCCGCCCUGUCAAUACCGUCAGCGACUUUGUUGCGGACGACAUCGAGGUUGUCAAGUGUGCCGUACAACUCGUGGGACAGCUCUUUCCGUCGUUGUCGCUGCUCGAACUUCAGACGUGGCCAGCCUCGAGCUCCGUUCAGGGCGUGAUCCUCGAGGCGUCAGGAAUUGCGGAUUUGGCGAGUCGACUCGUUGCGAUGGCGACACCUGCGCUACUCCACACGCUGGCCGCAGAUGAUCCAUUACCGCGAGUCGUGAAGUGGUGCUGCGGCACCCUCGCACAGCUCUGUUCCACCAACGUUACUUGCGUCCACGUGCUACAAGCGCGAUGCUUGGAUGUCGUCGCGAGCUUUGUGCCCAACGUCCCGAGCGACACGAUGACACCAGCGCCGCACGUCGUCAGCCUAUGCGAAAGCGCCGACGAUGAUAAGUUGGCGUCACUGCCCCCGACGUUCUACACGCUCCUGGCUAUGCUUUGCAGGCUGGCCGACGGCCGCGCUGCCAUUUACCGCCUCAACAUCCUGCCGCGAAUCCUCAAGCGAUUACACUUCGCCUCCAGUGCCAAAGGGCUCACCCUUCAUGACCACCAGUGCCGAAGUGAAAUUGCCCAACUCGUUGCCGCGAUCGCCAACGAAAACAUGAUUGUCGUCGGCAACGUGAAUGAGCUGUGUCUGCGCCACCAUGUCCACACGAUCCUCGUGCAAAUGCUACAUCCAUCGUUGCCAUCAAACAUGCCACAGGCGUUGGGACCUGCCUUACAAGAGAGUGCGCUUGCUGCAUUGAGUGCAAUGUCGAAAGAUCACGUCCGCAUUGUCCCAGCGCUGAUGGCCGUCGGCGUCCUUCCCCACAUAUUGUCGUUCCUGGCUCGAUGGGACGACGACCCGUCCGUGUCGAUGGCUAUGCUGGACGGCGCUGUCCUGGUCAUGUGGGGGAUGGCCCAAAGUUCGUCGGAAUCGAUUCAAGCAGCGAUCAAAGCUUCCAAGGUGUCGGAACACCUCUUGCGAAUUGGGUGUUCGUUUCGAUUGGAAAUGCUCAAGGUCGCCAUAUUCGGCGAAAAAUCGAUCGGGGAAGUCGCGCGCGAGACGCUGCGUCACUUGAGCGAGUUCCAUGCCAAACGAUCUUCAACUGCGUCGAAUAACAAUGCCUCGUUGCCGCCAUCGCCCACGUCCAGGCAGCCCUCUGCGGCAACAUCACCCUCGAGGCGGCCGGCAUCCACUAACGCCAGUGGCACACCUGAGUCAAAUAUCAUUCUACCAUCGCUCGAAGCGUCGCAGCCUCCACCGUGCCCACCUUUGAAAAGCCCGACGACUUCCAACUUGCCUACGUUGGACUGGAGGUCCACUCGACCGCUGGGGCCCAAACCAAAAGCGCAACCUAUGACUGUGCAGUUCAUCCGACCCAAACCAAAGCCCAUGGACGAGCGCAAGAAGUACCCACUCCUGAUGCUCGACCCGGUCUUUGGAGCACUGGAUCUCGGAGUCGACCCAUGCACAGCCGUCGCCGCGUCUCCUUCCAGAGACAACUCUCAUCCUGCAAGCACUGCGUAUGUGGGCCACGUAUCGUCUAUCAUGGGCCACCACGUGAUCGUCAGGGUUCAAUCUCCUUCUUCCCCUGAAGUUGACGUAGUACCGAAGGCGCUGGGUGGCUCAUCGAGCACUGGCGCGCUCAACACGUCGUCCCAGCGCAAACGGUUAGGAUAAGCGGCGAAGAAAACAUGCAUCCUUCAUCCAGC